AUGGGUAUUACGGCGGCUUCAAAGAAGAGGAAGGUCCGCGAUGGCAUGGCUGGAAAGGUCCAGCCCAAAAAGAAGUUCAAGAAGCAGGCCGCAUAUCACAGCAGCUCAGAAGACGACAGCAACGACGACGACGAGGAGGCAGAAGAGGUCUUUGCGCCUGUGAAUCUGCUCGACUCGGAUUCAGAAAAGGAGUAUACGAAUGCGCCAAGAAGCAAGAGCAAUGGUGCAAAACCAACCGAGAAAAAAAUUAAAUCAGCGAAAAAUCCAUCGAAAAAGACGAACAAUGACGAGAAAAGCGAUGAAUCCGGAGACAAUGACGACGCUGAAGACAAAGAAGAGUUAGAAGAAUUAGAAAAUGAUUCAUACCCCGAAGCAGAAGAAGGCGACGACGACAAUGACAUGUCAGAUGCGUUCGGCUCGGACGACGACGACAACGACGGCAACCAGAAAAAGGUUCCAAAACGCCAUGAUCCCUCGGUGUUCUCGACUUCUAUUUCGAAAAUUCUGUCCACCAAGCUGUCUACGGCUGCACGCGCAGAUCCAGUCUUGUCUCGAAGCAAGAAUGCCGUUCAGGCAUCGGCCGAGCUUGCAAACGAGCGUCUAGAACAACGAGCACGCGCGAAGCUUCGCGCUGAGAAGAAAGAGGAGCUGGAUCGGGGCCGAGUUCGGGAUGUCCUGGGUAUUGAACGCGGACAGGCCGGAGAAACUGCCGAGGAAGAAAAGAGACUGCGAAAAAUCGCCCAGCGUGGUGUUGUCAAACUGUUCAAUGCGGUCCGCGCAGCCCAGGUUCGGGGUGAAGAGGCUGCUCGAGAGGAACAGAAGAAGGGAACGAUCGGAAUGGAAGAGAGAAAGAAAGCAGCCAACGAAGUCAGUAAGCAGAGCUUUUUAGAUCUUAUCAACGGGAAAAAAGGUGCUCCGUUGAACAUUGAAGAGGCUUGA